UGUGCCCAACCUUCUCAUUUUCUGUGGACACUUGCUAACACGUGAUACGCUUGAAACACUUGCAAACCAAACCACGUGUAAAACCGAGAGGCCGCUUUGUUCGUUUUUUUUCCCGGUUCCUGGUGCUGCCUGGAUGCGAGGGCUCUUGAAGACGUCGUACCUCAGCCCUCCAUCCGUCUCGAAAGCUUGUUUUUCGCGUCAGCCUAACCCGGAAGAGUGGGAUGCACUUAGCGGGGAUCUCUUGGCCAUACACUCGAGGCGUGAAAAGGACAAACCAGUCUCCAAAAAGCGCAGUAUCAGAAGACCAACUCUGAAGUCAACGGAGCAACGUCCAAGUAAAGAGCAGAUGUCAAAACCAGGCCUGGGCGCUGAGCAUGUGUUUGGACUGCACCCCGUGCUGCUUGCGCUGCGUGCACGCAAGCGAAUCCUGUACGAGCUGCAUGUUGAUGCUGGAAAGCUGUCCAGUGCAGGCAGACUGGAGCAGAACCCGUUGCUGCUGCAGAUACUGGACCUAGCCAAGGAGCAGGAACUUCCCGUCAACGGAUGCCCGCAGAGUCGCCUGGGGCAGCUGUGUAGGGGUGCAAACCACCAGGGGGUGUGCCUUGAUACAUCCAAGCUUCCUGUUCUGCAAGGUGAAACCUUGUUGGGCUCCUUGGACGAUAGUGACAUCAGGGAUAAACCUGGUAGGCUGCUAUGGCUCUACAUGGAUAGGAUACUGGAUCCAAUGAACUUUGGGGCUGUUCUUCGAUCGUCUUGCUAUUUUGGUGUCCAGAAGAUUUUCAUGCCUAGCAAGGACAGUUGCCGUCUGUCGCCAACAGUGAGCAAGGCCAGUUCGGGAGCGCUGGAACUGAUGGACUUAUACGUCCUGCAGACGCCGGAGCAAUUCGUGACGGAGCUGAAGGCGAAGGGCUGGUGGAUUGUGGGGACGUCAAGCUUUAACGACUCGACAAGACAUGCGUCAGGCACUGAAAGUCGCAAGCUCACUUGGGACCUACCGCCACCUGACAAGCCUGUGCUGUUGAUUGUGGGUAACGAGGGCGAAGGAGUGCAGCAAGAGUUGUCUGCCCUGUGUGACUCCAUCCUCUGUGUGGCCCCUUUAAAGGAAGACAGCCCCAUUGGCAGCCUGAAUGUGUCCGUGGCAACGGGGAUAGUUCUACAUCACCUCUCCCUUGCUCAACAACCGUGAGGGCAACACAAGAGGCACAACAAACGAAGCCAUCACAUAUUCUUGUUUGUGGGACAUCACUUGGACAAGGUUCAGGUGAUGUUCUGCACACACCCCUUCCCGGGUGACCAUGCCAGCAAGGCUGGACCCAGCUGGACUGACUACUGCGACUUGUGCAACGUGCCUCCUGGUCUUUGCUCUGUCCUAGAACAACACUUGUGUUGCAUGCUACACUGUUGAUGUGAAAAUAAUGGGCCAUGUGCAGUUUUUCUCCAUACAUGGUGGGAAUUGUGCAAAUAGCAGAUUUUAGGGACCUAGGGAGUUGCCUGCUUUGUAGUUAGAGUAGUUUCAGAUAGUUAGAAGAGACAGAAACGUCAGGUCUUCUUGCUAAACAGUGGCUGUUAAGGAAGUGCUCUUCGAAAAGUCUCUUUAUCUAUAUAUUUUCUUAUUCAGAGUUAUAAAGAAAUGGUCAUUAACAUAUUUACUGGGAUCUAGGCCAGCCUCUAUCCUGAGUCGAUCCCUGAAAGUCCGAAUCCAGAAAAAAAGAAAGGAAAGAAACUUACCUCGAAUAUAGGCUGAACAGAAAAGCGAGGACAGCAUUAACAAAAUGAGAACAUUUAUUGAAUAGGAACACGCUGAGCUCAUUCUACGUCGCUAUCUUCCUUAUUGCUGUCAUCUCCUCGUUGCAGCUGACGCACACAAAAUGCGUCGCCCAUUGCCCCCUCCAACGACGGACAUUUUUCUCAUCACUGCCGAAGUGCCGCCCGACUUGAAUGUUUGACUAUGCCUCUGCGGCUAGCACAACUUUUCGUUUGAAAACGGCAGCAUAGUGGCAUCGCCUGUUUGGUGCCAUUAUGAUAACGCCACGCUGCAUGCCGAUACGACACAGCUAAAAAUGGCGACGUUGCUUGUGCACUUCACUUGGCUGUUGGUGUAUGUCCAGUAGCGGCUGUGAUACUGGCCUUUCUAAAUGGCACUAGCCAAUGCACCAUAUUUAUCAAUUUCAAUAAAAAAAAUUUGCCAUUUAAUUAAAAUCCUCAAAUAAGCCAACCCUAGAGUUUGGCAUAUGAUUAUUUGAAGAAAACUGUCUGCCUAGAUUCGAAUAAAUAUGGUAUAUGGUUUGUAAAAAAAUUGGUCUAUAAUAGUCAUUAUAGCCAGUGACAACCUAAAAAUUUAUGGGGAUGUACACUGCUGUCGAAUUUAAGGGGGGACCUGGGCUUUGAGCAAUACCAUUAUUGAUAUUGCUGCUAGAGGAAUUAAAUUUGUGGGCAAUAUGUAAUUUAAUGUGCUUGAUGCAAAUGUGUAAUUAGUUUUUCUCUAUAUAACGAGAAAAAUAUUUUAUACAAUUUUUUCUGUUGCCAUGUUUCGGGAUGACUGGCAGAAAUUUUUUUGCAGUAAGAAAUGUAUAAAUUAUGUGAAAGUAUUCCUGAAUGUUCAAGGAGUGCAGUAAGCACUGUCUCAUGUUUCUACCUCUGUUCUAUCCAAAGUUACAAAAGUUAAAUGUUGUAGCUUCACAUGCGAUAUAUAUAUUUUUUUACCUUCCUCAAAAUUUCAAUAUGUUUCAAGGUGCAGAAAUGUGGUAUUAUAGACUUACUGCACUCCCUGGGAGCCUAGCUAUCAGAUAAAGUAAAAAUUAUUCAAAUUGGAUGAUUAGGCAAGUAACUAUGCCUCCCGGAAAAUUGCUAAUUAGCAAAAAAAAGCAUGUUGAGAAAAGUGGGAAAAACUAGCCACCAUGUGAAAAAAGCAUUUUAUCCUGGAUGGCUCAGAAGGCUCUAGGGGAAUAAUCUGGAUGGGGAUUUCCUUGCUGCCUCCGCUUUGCAGCUGCUUGAAAAGCUGCGGAGGACACUCGCUUUCUCUCCCCACUAACAACGCGACAACAGUCCUUUCCAGGGGGGACACUGCUAUUGAUAUAAUAUUCAUUUUUUCAUCAAUAUUAAUGAAACUUUGGAGCCUUAUUAAGAUUCUUGUGGUGAUUUCAAAUAUGUAAUUAUUUUUCGAAUAGGCCAUUUACUUCUCAAGAUAAACGAGAUGAAUUGUUCAUCAUUUGCAGGAACUAGAGAAUAAUACCCGCGCUACACAUAUUGCCGCAUGCCUAGUACUAGAAAACAUAGGGAACACAAUGGCAGGAAUACCUUUUUGAUAUAACUAAUAUUAGUAACUCUAUAGCAAUUCAAUAUCCACUGUUCGAAAUGUGAGUUCCCUACUGUCUGAUCUAAAAUAGAACUGAAAAAUGUUAAAGCAUAAAUUCCAAUAUCUGUUCCUACCAUUGCGUACUUUGCACACUCAGCUACAAAUAAGCCACAACAAAAACUAAGGCUCUACCUGCCUUGAAGGCACAGAUAUCGCUGCUGCAAAUCAGCACAAAUCAGCAAGUCAAAAAACCGUGUUUUGAGAAAACGGGAAAAAAAGAAAUACAUUCACUUUUAACGAAAAGUGCAGAAAUAAUUUUCCCCUACAUUGCAGUGAACGUGGCUAAAAGCCAUCAGGAAUGUAGUUGCUCUGACCACGGCCACCCAAAUGUGCCAAAAACAUCGAUUAGCGCCGUUCGCCAAUUCCCGGUGGCUUGCAUCGUGCGCGCGGCAAGGUUGCCAUUCACGCACGUUGAGCUCCACGCCGAUGCGAUAUCGCCGCAGCGUGUGCACGUGAUAACGAUCUUUAUGGCGAGGCCAUAUUCCCAUUCGCUUUUGCCUACUGCGAUGUUACCGCCGCACACCUUGCGCUUGAGAAUCGAUUAGUGCGUUCACGGUGUCCUACUGAUGACAGCGUCGACUGGUGCGGCUGCAGUGCCGUCGGCGUGAGUGAGCAAAUCCAACUUCCGCUUUGUCGCUGGCAUUGACACAAGAACUUGACGUUUUUUUUAGCAUUAAUUUCCCUCUGCAGCAAAUCCGCAUGCUGCAACAUUGCAGUGUCAGGCCGAAUGCGGCCGCUGUCCGGAACACAUUCACUCGUAGGCAAGCUGGCUAGGCCUACUUCGGCAUUGUUCGCGGCUUUGGCAUCACUUGCGGUUGGCGGCGGACGAUGCGGACGAUUAUCGAUGUUCUCCGAAGGAAUGGAAUGCAUUUGAAAGUUAUAAGCUGAUCGCUUCUUCUUUUUGCCGUAGUUGUGCCUCCUGGCGAACUCCUGGCGAUGGAUCGGUCAUCGUUGCGCAUUCGUCACAAACCUACAAGACGCGCCGUUGCAUCGCCUGCGGAAUGGAGCAGACGACAGGAACCUCGCGCAGCCAACCACAGCACGCGUUUCUGAUGACGCGUGCUAGUCGACGAAUGGGAUCGCGCGUUCGGACUUCUUUUUCUUCACGGAUUUUAAUGUCACCGGCGAGCCGACGGAUCCUUUUGGCGGGAAAUUGAAGAAGAAAUGCUCUUCUUUCUAACAAGACCAAGAUGGCUGCGACAGCGCGCGUAGGAAAAGAGCUACGCGCCGCGUUAAAAAGGGUUGUUCUUGCACGGAAUUCAGCUCACAGUGAUGUUAUAAAUUGAUAUUGCGGGCAAAAUACUCUUCCGCGAGAUGUGAAAACUUGGUGAAUUAACCCUUUGAGGGUCGAAUUAUUUUGAAAAAAACUCUCCCAGGUGGUCAAAUUACUUUUUUGCGGAUCUUGAAUGUCCAAAAUGUAUUAAGUCGGGAAUAAAUAGUCAAAAAUAAUUAGGAACAGUAUUUUGGUGUCGGCAUCACUCAGAACUGCAAAAUGUUCAAUAGUAUUUCCGAGCGUGGUACUCCUUGUAACACGGGUCUACGCACAGCGCCUUAUCGCAGUCUGCACACCUAAAAUGCGUGUCUGUUCUCUUGAAGCGAGUUGUGUUGGCGCACACAUGCCAUCUCUGCGUGCGGCUGCCUUGGGCAGAGGUCUGAGGCACCCUCUCGCGUAAGCGCGUUGCCGCGGAGAGCGAGAAUACCUCGCGAACGGCGCUGAUAAGCAAGUGGUGAUAACCAAGCUAAGAGAAGUGCCAAUCAAGAUAGAAAUCAACUUCCGCCGCCCCUGCGAGAGCGUGCCGACAAAGAGAAAAACGACGUUUCGCGCGCCUCCGUUGCGAUCACGCGGCGGAACCUAAACCGCGAAAGCGCGUUGCCACUGAGAGCGGGAAUACCUCGCGAACGGCGCUAUAAGGAAUCUAAGAGCAGCGCCAAACAAGAUAGAAAUCAACUUCCACCGCCCUGCAAGAGAGUGCCGACAAAGAAAAAAAUGAUGUUUCGCGCGCCUCCGUUGCGAUCACGCGGCGAAACCGAAACCGCCAAAGGGGCAUUGCCGCAGUCUGAGCGACACGCUGAAGCUAGCAAUCAGCUCUGUUUAUCUCCCCAAGAAGGUAGCACCAAUUUCAGACGCAUCUUGUAACUGCUAAGAGGUGGCAGCACCUCCCGAUGAGCGCUUAUCGUCAUUAUGGCGCGAAAUUUCAAACGGAGGGUCGGAACCGUACCCGUACGGCGAAGACCUUGCGGGACAGAAAACCGCCGCCGUACAUGUACGUCGUAAACCUUCAAAGGGUUAAAGGAACAGUAGUUGUAGGUACUGAAAGUUUUAUUUUCAAGAAAUCUAUUUUUUUCGAGAUUUUUUUGCCUCAAGACCCUGUAGGAGUUGAGGAGGACGUCGGGAUGAAAACUGGGGAGGUUUAUUUACAUUAUUUACAGUGAGAGUCAAUUAACAGUCUUAGAGUCAUUACGGGCCAGCAGCAACUCGGACGCUGCGGCCAGUCGCAAGAAGUUCGAAAGAGAUGAAUCAAGGAAUGCUCUAGGAAUCCUCUACUGCUGCUCCCGGUCUGCGUCUUUUGAGCCCUUCGGUGUCUCGAAGGCACGUCACGUUCGGCCAAUGGGAGAGCCCGCUCAGGUGACGCCAUUUUUGGCCGAUGGUAGGCGCCCGUGCAAUGGAGUCACACCCGGUGAAGAGAGUCGCUGCUCGUGUGUUUGUCCGAGGGCUUUCUUCUCCCUGCGGUCUUGCCUUGCUGACUUGCAAUGCGCCGCCACCAUAGAGGGAUGGGGGCGACGCCGCCAGGUUGUCACGGCGCAUUACAGCCGUCUUGCUUCGGGACCCACUCUACCCGCAACAGUGCCAGGCUCUCGCUUUACUUUCGGGAAGAGCCAAGCAGUGAAUAGCUCCACCGGCUGCACACGAAGUGGGGUCCGCCAACUUGUUUGCACGUGCCGUGCCUAAGGAAUGUGGUAUCCGUGCUUCUGCGCUCCUCAAUUAGCUGUGGUGCGAUUUGAUGUGGUCUGGGGAACUCGAAGUAGGCUCAGGAAACGGUCCCGUAUCUAACAGCUCAUCCUCGCCCCGGAAGUUCGGAUUGGCCGGUGAACUCAAUUCGCUGGCCAUGAGGAACGCUGAAAGAACCUGCAGGGUACUGGUGUCGAGCCUCGUUUAACGAACUUCGGGAUCCUGGGCCCUGGAGAACAUACGUCAAACAAACAAAACAAUACAGCGCUGCACCACGUGUAAGCGCAGGCUCUUCACCCCUGACUCGCCAGGCUAUUACUGAGUCAAAAUGAACCCUGAUCUUUUAUUUCCCCAAUUUUGACAAAGCAGUUCCAACCACCUUUCCAAACCACUAUCCAUAUCUCCUUGAAUGCCGACAGGACCAGAGUGUCAUUGUUGUAGCAAAACAAUGGAUCAUUGCCAUUGCAAACAAACAAUGAAAACAGCCGAACAUAACUUAAGUGGCCAAACUACUCGAACAGCAUGUUUCCAACCUAUUGCAGUGGCGUACUUAUCGCACGUAUUGGUGCCACUGAACAGUCUGGUCAACUUCACAAGUACGUAAUCACAAGCGCGCUAGCCUUGUGGUCACUAAUCAGAAUGCGUACUUGCGUCGUAGGCAAACUUUUCAUUACACCUACUCACGUGUCUUUCUCUAGUCCAUACAGGACAUGUACCUUAAACGAGAACUUAAUUUGCGUAACUUACGCACUCCGCAGAACCCUAAAAAAAAUGUGUCUUCUAAUUACUAGUUCUACGCAUGCUCACUAAAGAAGUCAGAAUACGGCUGCCCUCAACACACACCAGCAACCCAGUCAUAAGUCUGCUUCCUUUCGUCCACACAGGACACGCCCUAAUGGACCUAAGAACGCUUCUCAGUGCAAAUCAUGCACUCACUGAAAACCUACGCGGUUAACCUUAGAAAAUAAAAAAACGCUUAUAAAAAAAAGAAGGUUAACUAAAACACACGCGCACUACGAUAGGCCUCUCCCCGAUAACCUUGACCUUCAGGUUACCCACACACAAAAAAAAAGAAAGCCUAUGUACUCAUUAAUGAACACCUCGCGAGACUAAACUUUUACCUAAAAUGCAUCUUUCCAAUCUCGGAGCUUCUCAAACGAAAACACAAACAAAGCUCAUACCUUACAUAUUGAAAGAAAUUCUUAGUCUCAAAUCGCGAAAAUUAUCCGAGUGCUCAAAAAUAAAACAAAACAGAACGUUGCACUUCUACGGAAGCUCUGUUUGCCUCCCGUUCCAAACGUUUUCGACUGACUCACUUUUGAGCCGUACUCGAGGUGGUCGCGGUCCGAAAGCUACUCUGGCUACCGAAGAACAACAAAAGGGCUGACUCACUAUCAGCUCCCCCAAGACGUUACAGUCUCCCGCCAAUUUUUGUCCUGGCGCCCCUCUUUCCUCACGACUUCGAUUGACCAUGUCACUACUCCCCACCUGGUCUUGUCUUGCCACCUUGCGCUUCUUUGUACUACACGCUGAGCUUCGAAAAGAACGACGGAACGACGAGGAAUUUAACUGCCUCGUGCCCUUUGUCCGCGUCCGUGCAGAACAUGCUUCUCGGUCCCCCUUUGACCGGUGGCUCGAACGUGUUUGGUGCGUCAACAUCGUCAAUGACGACCGCACCUUUCUUUUCCUCGCUCCCUGCCCUUUAGGGUCUCUCGCUGUCUUUGGCGGCGCUACAUUAGUCACCGCAUUCCUAUCUUUAGGGCACUUCUUUCUGCAGCGCUUUCUCUUGGAAUUCCCUUUUAUGCUGUCCUCUGGCGCAUCGUGCUGGCCGUUACACAUUUCGUCGGCCCGGAUCGGUCUCUUACCUGCACAGUCUUAGUGAUUUACAUUUAAAUCUACUCUCACUUUGCCUCGACUGGCGGACAGCUCAACCGACUUUUGAACAAUGCAGCAGGCUUGUAGAUGUAGAUUGGACACGCCAGUGUCCAAUCUACACUUCCAGGAGAAUCUCCUUGUUGCCGGCCAAGGCCGCUACUUGCAGCGCAGUCUCGUAGGUGCUUGCCAGUUUAGCACCUACCGUCCCCCGUUUCCCAUGCACAGAGAGCGGAUAUGUCCGGUCCCGUUGCAUUGGUAGCAGCGGGGUGGGCUGCAACACCGACUCCCAAGCUAUGUGACCGACGCCUCCGCAGCGAUGGCAGGUGAAUCCUCCGUGGUCAAGCGGUUGGUACCUUUGUGGCUGUGACGGCGCUGAGAGAUGUGGCGUCCUUGUGGCGAAUGCGGCCAAUUCGUGCAAUUGGUCUUGGUGGUAGGAGGGCUGUAUCGCCGCGGGGUGCAACGGCCAGGGGCAUGCCGCCAGCGGAUACUGGAACGGCGCGGCACUUGCUGUGAUCAAACCUCCAAGUUGUGUUCCCGGCAGGCCGGCCACGUUUAUAGCUAACUGGAAGGCCAAGUCCCUCGCGACUUGGUCAGUCGGAGGUGGUGGUGGCGGCUUGUACUGCAUGCGCCUCCAGAAAUGCUCCAUGAGGCCGUCAGCGGCCUUCGCCAACUCCACGAGACUGCUGAACUGCCUUCCCUCCACCAAAUCCUGGAGUUGCAGGUGCAUAUGCUGCAGCAUGUGGUCAACCUUUUCCGACUCGGGCACUUCGCCGCCAAUCCGGUUGUAGUAGGCCGCGAUUGUAUAUAUGAAUUCUUUAAAAUUUUCUUGGGGAAUUGCGUCCGGAGCUCCAGAUCUUGUUUCAAGCAGCGCUUCGCGUCAGUGGAGGAGAACUCCGCAAUAAAUGCUGCAGUGAACUCCCAUGACACAAACGAGUUCACAAAUCGCGACCACAACUUCGCACUACCUUCCAGCGCAGCGGGCACAAUGUGUGUAAGCCUCUUGUCAGUAGCAACACCGCUGACUAAACAAAAGGUUUCAAGCCGGUCCAAAAAUUUCUCGGGGCACUGAGGGUCGUUGAACCCCUUUUACCUUGGAGGCUGACCUGGCUGACCUGUGGAGCGGGGAGCGCAGUCGCUCGCCGGUUGAACCGUUGCUGCCACCGUUGUCGCAGCACCUGUAGGCACUGCCUCGGCCACCAUCAGUCUUUGUCUGACCGCUGCCGCAAUUUGCUCGCAUUCUAUGGUGGAUCUGUUAGUCUGCCCCAGCAGAUGCUGCACUAAUUCUUCGGGAACGUUCACUGUGUCCAUGUCCAGGUAAAUCCCGAACGAGCCCCCACUUUUUAUGCUCGACGACACGCCACACAUUCGUCCCGAACUUGUCCUUUAUUUCUGCAUGCCAACCAUGCACACCACACGACCACACUACGAGUUCCCCCUCUCCUCCCGCUCACUCACUCGCUCCUGCCGCUGUCUUCCUCGCACUCACACCACCUCUUCUCAGCUCAGUUAACUACCGUGGAUCCUGCACUUGGCCUCCGAGAACCAUGGCUCCUCAUCGCGGGUCUUGGUCUCACUUGCCCCGGCCCUCGCGUGUCACGACGUUCGAGAGCUGUGGCUUGUUGAACAACCGCCUCUUUCAUCUCUCGAAGCACAUGGAAACCAAGAAAUAUGUCAAAAAUGUUGUGCUCUGCAGAACAUACACACAUUUUUGUCUCCCUGGAAAAUUCACUGGCCCAACAGCAUCCGCAAAUGGUGUGGAGUUACACGGACAAGCAAUGCGCUGCCUUUACUGACACAAAUGUGGCCCUGGAACUCUUAUGCUGUGAUCUCCUCAAACACAUCUUUCAAGUCAAACCAUUAUCGAGUUUGCGACAGCAUGAUGAUUCACGUUUUUUGCUUGUAGAAUUGACACAUUGUAGAAAAUUUUGAUUUCUUACAGGGUGCACCCUUUUGAAAGAAAAAGAACAUGGUUACUUAACAUUUAAUCUUGUAUGAGACACCCACAAGUUUUAGAGUGCCCUCACUGGUGUCAUCCUUUUGUUUCAAGCCUGCAAAACAUAGUUGCGGUCUACGUUGAAUGUAUGUGUCAUCUACAUAUGUGUCGUCAUUGAAAAAAACAUUCGCAGCAGGAUGUCCUUGCUGGAAAGUGAGAGGAUUACAUUAUUGAAUUUCUUCCCUUUACUAAUUUGUUCAAUGCAUCUCGUAUGUAGGGGUGUAGGUAGAACAUUUUCUGCCCAUUUGUCACCUGUCCUUGGGAGCAAAGUUGCUCAUGCAUUUGUGUAGCUAUCACCCUUGAUAUUCAAGUCCUCCCUAGGUGUGCAACUGUUAAGCAUAUUCAGUCAGUGGGUACGUGUAGAUAACCUUUACAGCAUGCAGUGUGAUAAAUUUGUGAGAAAAGAAA